AUGAAAUUUCUUAUCCUUGCUGGCCUUUUGAUAACUGCCACUGCUCUGCCCAUCCCUCUUGAACAGUCUGGAGGAAGUUCCAGUGGUCAGAGAUUUAACUUUUACCUACCACAAGGACCACCAUUUUUUCCUCAGAUCCCAUCUCUCCCACCUCCACAAUUGCCCCUGAUUCCAAUUCCUUUUCCAUUUCCUAAUAAUCCAAAUCAGGUCCUGACACUUAAUGAUCUUAAAGCGUUAAUCAUUUCUGUUUUGAACCAACUUGGGAAAUAAUUCUCUUACUACUAUGUCAGAAGUUAUAUACG